AUGUGGUUACUGAAUGCAAGGACGUAUAACCUACAUCAGUUCAGCGACCCAUCGCAGGUAACCUUUGCGACCCUCUCCCACGUCUGGUCGAAGGAUGGCGAACAAUCAUUCCAGGACGAUGGAUUCGAAACGAGCAACUACUGGGAUGCAGUCUUGGAGAAGCUCUCUCCGAAGAUCAGAGACUUCUGCGAGUUCGCGCUGGAGAACGGGUUUGAAUGGGUCUGGAUAGACACGUGUUGCAUCGACAAGACAAGCAGCGCGGAGCUGUCUGAAGGGAUUAACUCGAUGUAUGCGUGGUAUGCUGCAUCGGCGGUUUGCUACGCGUUCCUACACGACGUCAGUGACGACCGCGACCCGUGCGAGGAGGGUUCAUCGUUCUCAACGAGCGUCUGGUGGACGAGGGGUUGGACCCUCCAGGAGCUCAUUGCGCCGAGAUGUGUUAUGUUCCUCUCGAGGGAGUGGAGCAUCCUGGGCAGCAAGACGAGCCUGGCAGACGUGGUGACACGCGUCACCGGCAUUGACGUGGAUAUCCUCACACACCGGAAGUCCCUUGACGACGUGUCAGUGGCCUGUCGGAUGUCUUGGGCUUCAAAGAGGCGCACUACAAGGGCAGAGGACAUGGCUUACUCCCUCAUGGGCAUCUUCGGCGUCAACAUGCCAACGAUCUAUGGCGAGGGCAGCGACGCCUUCAUCCGUCUCCAGGAAGAGAUCCUGAGACGCACUCCUGAUCAAAGUCUCUUCGUCUGGGGA